AUGGCCAGCCGCCUGACCUGCUGCCUCCUCCUGUGGGCCUUGGGCCACGGGGGCUGCCGCUCGCCCAGGGGGGAGGGCGCCGGCAGCCUACCCGCCUGCCCCGUCCCGCCGCCGGCCGCCCGGGACUCGUCCUCUACCGGCCGCGGCCCCCGAGGAGACCCUCUGGCGUCCCCGGCGCUGGGCAGCGUUGCUCAGGACAUGGUAGCUGUCCACAUGCUUAAGCUCUACGAGAAAUACAACCGGGAAGAGAGCCGGCCCGGCGACGGCAACACGGUCCGCAGCUUCAAAGCCAGCCCGGAAUUCUUGGCCCAGAAGCCCCUGUACUGCUUUAAUCUGACAUCCAUGCAGGAUUCAGAGGUGAUCCUUGCUGCAAAUUUUCACUUCUAUGCUGACAAACACCCUCGGCACCGGGAAGUGUUUUGUAAGCAGUCCAAGAACUCGUCUUGCCGCCUCCUUCACCUGCCUCUGAUCCUGCGUCUCAACCUCAUUUUUCAAAGCAUUAACCAGAGUUCUGCCUAUGGACUAGUGAAAGGGAACAUCACCGUGUUUCUUCAAAGACGAGGAGUUUGGCAUACAAAGGACAUUACACCCAUCAUAAAAGAAUCAAAACGAGCUGGAGAGCUCAUUCUCUGUGCUGAGAUUGAUUCUGGGAAGAAACACCAGGGCUUCCCUGAACAGAUCACCAAUCAUUUACCUUAUAUACUAGUUUAUGCCAAUGAUCUUGCAAUCUCUGAACCUAACAGUGUAUCAGUAACCCUACAGCGUUACGAUCCAUUCCAUUCCAAUGACGGUGACCCAAAUCUAUCGCCUAAUGCUUCUACUGAUACCCGAGUGCGAAGGGAUACAUACCUCUCUAGCUCUAUUCAGAACAAUGAGUUGCCAGAAGUAGAUUAUAACAACAAUAACUACAACAAACAUGACAUAUGGGAGAAUGCCUACAAGUCUUUGAAACCAAAAGCCUCACGCAAAGACCGAAGGAGAAAAGGGCAAGAAAAUACAGAAACAUUUACAAAUUCUCAGGUGCUAAAUUUUGAUGAAAAAACAAUGAAGAAAGCAAGGCGAAAACAAUGGAAUGAGCCAAGGAUUUGUUCAAGAAGAUACAUGAAAGUUGACUUUGCUGAUAUUGGCUGGAAUGAAUGGAUCAUAUCGCCCAAAUCAUUUGAUGCCUACUACUGUGCGGGGGUGUGUGAAUUUCCAAUGCCCAAGAUUGUCCGGCCAUCGAAUCAUGCUACGAUCCAGAGCAUUGUAAAAGCAGUAGGAAUCAUUCCUGGCAUCCCAGAACCCUGCUGCGUUCCUGACAAAAUGAGCUCACUCAGUGUCCUGUUCUUGGAUGAAAACAAAAACGUUGUUUUAAAGGUAUAUCCCAAUAUGUCGAUUGAAACCUGUGCCUGCCGAUAA